UUAUCUUUCCCCUUUAGCGAGCUUGAGUUCCUGGCUUAUAUAACAGGAACAAAUAGCCAACUUGGGCCAUUCCAGUGUAGCCUUGGGAAGGAGACGACGGGUGAUGCAUCCCACCAGGACUAGCCAUCCUGGCCAUUAAGGAACUUCGCUCUUGAUGGGCAGUUGAAUUUUUCAACAGAAGCAAAGAUGCCGGGCUCCCACAUUUUGCUAAUGCUGUUUGUGCUGCCCAUCCUGAACCCAGCUGGAAAAGAAGUUGUUCAGCCUUCCACGUACUGCAGUCUAUUUGGAGGUGACCACAUUAAGACGUUUGAUGAGUCUCUGUAUGACUUUGCUGGGGACUGCAGUUAUCUAUUAGCCGGAGACUGCCAAAAGAGGUCUUUCUCACUCUUGGGUGACUAUCAGAAUGGAAGAAGAAACAGCCUCUCUCUGUACCUAGGGGAAUAUUUCGAUGUCCGUUUGUUUUUAGAUGGCACCGUGACACAGAGUGGCAAAAGGAUUUCCGUACCGUAUGCCUCCAAUGGGGUGUUCCUAGAAAUCGAGGCAGGUUAUCACAAACUCUCUAGUGAGGAGCAUGGCUUUGUGGCAAAGGUGGAUCUCAGCGGAAACAUCCAAGUCACCUUUGCAGACAAGCAUUAUAACAGGACCUGUGGGCUGUGUGGCAACUUCAACAGAUUUGCUGAAGAUGAUUUUAUGACACAGGAAGGUACUUUGGAGGAGAACAGCUACAAUUUUGCUAAUUCCUGGGCCAUGCGCAGAGGAGAAGAGAGAUGCCAAAGAGCAACGCCCCCAAGUCAGACAUGCAACAUUUCAUCUGAGAUGGCAGAUAAGGGUGUUAUAGAGAAUUGCCAGCUCCUCCGGACUUCACUUGUGUUUUCCAAAUGCCAUCACCUGGUUGACCCUGACAAAUUCAUUGCCCUCUGUGAAGAAGACAUGUGCACCUGUGCCCAGGAAAGGACCUGCCACUGCCCAGUUUUUCUGGAGUAUGCUAGAAAUUGUGCUCGGCAAGGUGUGAUUCUGGAAGGCUGGCCUGCUGACAGCACAUGUGGGCCAAGAUGUCCCGUUGGCUUGGAGUACAAGGAAUGCAUUUCCCCUUGUGCCAGAACCUGCCAAAGCUUGAACAUCAAUACAGGGUGUAAAGAAAAAUGCGUGGAUGGCUGCAGCUGCCCGGAGGGCAAGCUUCUAGAUGGUGACCAGUGCGUGGACAGCUCUGACUGCUCCUGUGUCCAUUCGGGCAAGCGCUACCCUCCUGGUUCUUCGGUCUACCAGGACUGCAACUCAUGUAUUUGCAGGCACGGUGCCUGGAUUUGCAGCAAUGAACCUUGCCCAGGUGAAUGCUCUGUCACUGGUCAAUCCCAUUUCAAAAGCUUUGACAACAAGCAUUUCACCUUCAGUGGCAUCUGUCACUACUUGUUUGCCAAAGACUGUGAGGACAAUUCCUAUUCUGUUGUCAUAGAAACUGUCCAGUGCGCUGAUGACCCUGAUGCUGUGUGCACCCGCUCUGUGUCUGUCAAGCUCCAGGAAGAGAACAGCAUCAUUAAACUGAAACACGGUGGCGGAAUCUCUUUGAAUGGGCAGGACAUACAGAUCCCCUUUAUGCAAGGUGACCUUCACAUCCAGCGCACGGUAAUGUCCGCAGUUCGCCUCACAUACAGGGAGAAUAUGCAGAUUGACUGGGAUGGCCGUGGAACACUUUUGAUGAAGUUAUCCUCAGAAUACACGGAACGAACCUGCGGCCUGUGUGGUAAUUAUAACGGCAAUCAAGGAGAUGACUUUCUCACACCUUCUGGCCUUGUGGAAACACUUGUGGAAGAUUUUGGAAAUUCCUGGAAGCUCAAGGGAGAUUGUCAAGAUGUGCAGAAACAAGAGAGCGAUUCUUGCAGUCUCACCCCUCGCUUAGCCAAGUAUGCUGAGAGCUCGUGCUCGGUUUUGGUGUCAGCAUUGUUUGAACCUUGCCACCACGAAGUCAGUCCUUCUCCAUAUUUCAAGAAUUGCCGCUACGAUGUCUGCUCCUGUUCUGAUGGCAAAGACUGUUUGUGUGCUGCUCUCUCAGCCUACGCUGUGGCAUGUGCUCGCAAAGGUGUCCUCAUCGAUUGGAGGCAGCCGGACUUCUGUGCUUUAAGUUGUCCAGAAGGUCAAGUUUACCAGCAGUGUGGAAGUCCUUGUAACCAAACUUGUCGGUCCCUAUCCUACCCGGAUACAGAUUGCGAUGAAUUUUGUAUGGAAGGUUGUUACUGCCCUACAGGAUUAUACCUUGACCAGCAGGGCGAUUGUGUGCCAAAGUCCCAGUGCUCUUGUUACUAUGAUGGGGAGAUCUUCCAACCGGAUGAUGUCUUCUCCGAUCAUCACACCAUGUGCUAUUGUGAAAAUGGUUUCAUGCACUGCAGCUCAAAUAAACUUCCAGGAGUCUUCCUGCCAGAUGUUAUCUUUUCACAAUCCUCUUCUAUCAGAGCAAAACGAAGCUUGACCUGCAGACCCCCCAUGACGACGUUUAUAUGCCCUGUCAAUGAUCCAAAAGCGGAAGGGGUGGAGUGUAUGAAGACUUGCCAGAACUAUGAACUGGACUGCGUUAUCCAUGGAUGCACGUCUGGCUGUCUUUGUCCUGCUGGAUGGGUGCGGCAUGGAAGCAAAUGCGUUGUACCUGACAAAUGCCCCUGCUUUCACAAUGGACAAGAAUAUGCUCCAGGCGAGACAGUGACAAAAGACUGUAAUACUUGUGUCUGCCGUGCGCGGAAGUGGGAAUGCUCAGAUAACAUCUGUGAUGGCACCUGCUCAGCCAUUGGUACAGCCCAUUACUUGACUUUUGAUGGACUCAAAUACAGGUUUCCAGGCAACUGUCAGUAUGUACUUGUUCAGGAUUACUGUGAUGAUGACAGUUCUGGAACCUUUCGGAUACUUGUGGCUAACGAGGGAUGUGGCUUCACUGGAGAGAAGUGCACCAAAAGGAUCACUGUUCUGUUUGACGGCGGAGAGGUUGAACUUUACAGUGGAGAGGUUAGCAUCUUGACCCCUCCUAGAGAGGCUGAUCUUGAAGUCCUGAAGUCUGGGCGUUAUUACCUUCUGUUAUUGGGCAACGGAAUCUCUCUAGUUUGGGAUCAAGAGAUGGGCAUUUCUGUUAUCUUGAAAGAAAAUUACAAAGAUCGAGUAUGUGGUCUGUGUGGGAAUUUUGACGACAUCCAAAAUAAUGAUUUCACCAGUAGCAGAAAGCAACUUGAAAUCGAUCCAAAUGACUUCGGGAACUCCUGGAAAGUUAAUUCACAGUGCGCUGAUGUCCAAAAGCUUUCUCAGGGGCAAGGCCUGGUUUCUUCACUGUGUAAUGGCAACGUAGUGAAGCAAGUGAUGGUGGAAACGUCCUGCAGUGUCUUGACCAGUGAUCUCUUCAAAGACUGCAAAAAACUGGUGGAUCCUGAGGUCUAUGUGGAUAUCUGCAUGUAUGACACCUGUGCUUGCGAAUCCAUCGGGGACUGCGCCUGCUUCUGCAACGCCGUUGCUGCUUAUGCCCACGCUUGUGCUCAGAAAGGUGUGGUCAUUCACUGGCGGUCACCUGCUCUAUGCCCACAAAGUUGUGAGCACCUGAACCGGGAAGAGGAAGAAUACCGGUGUGAGUGGAGAUACAACAGCUGUGGUCCAGCUUGCCCACGAACAUGCCAGCACUUGGAUCCUGUGGAGUGCCCGGUGAAGUGUGUGGAAGGGUGCCAUGUACACUGUCCCGCAGGGAAAAUACUUGACGAACUGUCUGAGUCUUGCAUUCAUCUCGAAGAAUGCCCUGUGUGUGAAGUAGAAGGUCUCCGGAUACCCCAUGGGAAAAGGGUUGUUUUGAAAGCUGAAGAUGCGCAACUCUGCAAGUCCUGUCAUUGUGAAGGCCAAAACUUGACAUGCCAUGCGUGUGAUCCUGGAGAGAAUGAUGAAACCCUGGCUGUAACCACCAUUUCUCCAGAAGAUGAAGUCACCCGAGAAUACUCAUGUAGUAAAAUGAUGGACCUUGCCUUCUUAAUGGAUGGCUCCAAUAAGCUGUCUGAAAAUGACUUUGAAGAGCUGAAAGCUUUCAUCAUUGGCAUGAUGGAAAAGCUCCACAUUUCCCAAAAAAGGAUCCGUCUGUCGAUACUGGAAUACCGCACAGGCUCACACAUUUACUUGGGUCUCAAAGAUAUCAAAAAACCAUCUGAAAUGAGGAGGAUUGUUCAAAAUAUAAAAUACACCGGUGGAAAUGUGGCUUCUGCAGCGGAAGUGCUUAAGUAUAUCGUGUUUCACGUCUUUGGGAAGGCUCCACGAACAAAUGCUGCCAGAAUUGCUGUGUUGCUUACAGCCAGCAAGGACCCAAAGAGAAUUCAAAGCAUUUUCCCUCUUUUGAAAAAGAAUAAAAUCACUGUAAUACCAGUCGGACUUGGGCCACAUAUCAGCAUGGAGCAAAUUAAACUAAUUGAAAGGCAGUCGCCAGAGAAUAAAGCCUUCAUCAUGAGCAGCGUGCGUGAGCUGAGAGAACGGAGGGAUGAAAUAAUUGAUUAUUUCUGUGGGAUUGUGCCUGAAAUAACUUCUUUUUUACCAGUUACAGCUCAGAGCCCUGUUACAACUCUCCCUGGUAUCCCCGCAGUAACAGUACCUGGAUUAUCAGAAAUGGUGCCAACUAUGUUACCCAUAACAUUCAAACCCGUCCCUAAGACCGUUGACAUUGUUUUUGUGCUUGAAGGCUCUGACAAAGUUGGCAGGGAGAAUUUCAAUUUGGUCAAAGAGUUCCUUGCCCGCACAAUCAGAGAAAUGGACAUCGGGGAAGGCACCACUCAAAUUACCAUUAUACAGUAUUCGUUCGUGAUCACUGUGGAGUAUUCCUUCAAUGAAAGGCAGUCAAAGGGAGACCUGGUCAAGAGGGUGAGGGAGAUCAGGUUCCAUGGAGGGAAUGCUACUAACACUGGAAAAGCUCUCCGCUUUGUUUCUGAACAAACCUUGGCCCCAAGCAGGAGAAAAAGGGAGCAUGUACCAAACUUGGUUUACAUGGUGACCGCGAACCCUGCCACAGAUACCAUCACCCGCCUUCCCACUGAUAUCAACCUCAUUCCCGUGGGUAUAGCUCCUAAUGUGAACAGACAAGAACUUGAAAAGAUGAGCCAAACACAUACUCCAAUCAUCCUGGAGGGAUACAACAAGCUCGUCCAAGAAGGACCUGGCUUAGUGCUGAAAGAGUGUUGCUCUAGGGAAGGAACUUGCAGCAAGCCAAUGGAUGUGAUAUUUCUUCUGGAUGGGAGUUCAAACGUUAGAGAAUCACAAUUUGAGGAAAUGAAACACUUUGUGAAGGCAUUUAUUAACUACAUGGAUGUUGGACCUACUACAAUGCAAGUGGCAGUUCUUCAGUAUGGCAAAGCAAGCACAUUGGAAAUGUCCUGGAAUGUGCCCCAGGAGAAAGCAGUGCUUUUAUCUAUGGUGAGCAACAUUCGUCAAAGAGAGCCAGGCCCCAGCAAACUCGGGGAAGCAAUAGACUUCACAGUUCAGCAUGCAGCUUCUGAAGCCAGUGGAGGAAGGCCCAAUGCAUCGAAAAUAGCAGUGGUUGUCCUCUCGAACGAGUCGGAAGAUUCUGUGGAUGCUGCUGCGUAUUCUGCAAGCGUCAAUAGGGUAUUGUUGCUUCCCAUUGUAGUUGGGGACAGAUACAACGUAGCACAACUGAGCUCUUUAGUGGGACCGUCUGCCACUGAUAAGAUCAUUAAAUUGCAACAGUUUCAGGAACUUUCUGCCAUGGUUGCUUCAGAUGACAAAUUUGUCAAAAAGCUUUGCGCAGCAACUGUCCUGGAGUGUAUAGAUGAGGAUGGGAAUAAGAAGAGACCUGGGGACAAAUGGACGUUGCUGGAUCAGUGCCAUACGGUGACCUGCUUGCCGGGAGGAUACACCUUUUUGGAAAGCCACCAAAUCAAUUGUGAGAUGAUGCCCAGGCCACUAUGUCGCAACAACAUGCCAGCUCUGAAAGUAAAAGAAACAUGCGGCUGUCGCUGGGUGUGUCCAUGCACGUGCAUGGGAAGUUCGACAAGGCAUAUAGUCACAUUCGACGGACUGGAUUUUAAACUGACGGGCAACUGUUCCUAUAUACUAUUUGAAGAUAAAGAACAUGAUAUCAAAGUGGUUCUUCACAAUGGAGCCUGCAGUUCAACCCCCAAACUCAACUGUAUGAAGUCCAUUGAAGUAAGGCACAAGUCCACAUCCGUGAAGCUCUCCAGCGACAUGUCGGUUACUGUGAAUGGUGAAUUGUCUAUUCUUCCAUAUACCAAUGACCAUUUUGAAGUCAAUGUUUAUGGAGCUAUAAUGCAUGAAAUCAGAUUCUCUCAUCUGGGGCACAUCAUCUCCUUCACUCCAAGCAACAAUGAGUUUACUUUCCAGCUUAGCCCAAAGAGUUUUGCUUUGCAAACCUAUGGCCUUUGUGGGAUUUGUGACCAAAACAGCAACAAUGACUUCAUAUUGAAGGAUGGUUCUGUUGCACCUGACAGCAGCACCUUUGUCCAAGAGUGGGCCGUGAUGCAACCAGGGAAGACCUGUGAGGUCAACAGAGCUGACAGAUGUGUCGAGCAUGCUACUACCAAGUGCAGCAUUUUGCUCUCUGCUCAGUUUUAUGUAUGCCACCACAUCAUUCCUCCAAAUGCUUUCUAUGCAGCCUGUGAAGAAAACAAUUGCCAUGGGGAUGAAGUAUGUGAGAUCGUGUCCUCUUAUGCCCACCUCUGCAGGACGCAAGGGAUCUGUGUGGAAUGGAGAACUCCAGAAUUUUGCGCUAUGAACUGUCCAGCCUCUUUGAUGUACAACUCUUGCCAAACAGGCUGCACAAAGCACUGUGAGAACAAUACCAAGACAGAAAUCUGCCUGGACUAUCCUGCCGAAGGCUGCUUCUGUCCCCAGGGACAAGUGACCCUGGAGGGCACCUGCGUGGAUGAAGAGGUCUGCACUCAGUGCGUCAGUGACGAUGGGACUCGCCACCAGCACUUGGAAACGUGGAUCCCUUCCAAUGAACCCUGUAACAUCUGUAUAUGCCUUGAUAAUAGGACCAUAAACUGCACAACUCGGCCUUGUCCAACUGCCAAACCGGAGUGUGGCCCUUGUGAAAUCCCAAGACUACGGAGGGAUUCUGAUCUGUGCUGUCCAGUCUAUGAAUGCAUUUGUGAUCUUGUCGCUUGUGAACUCCCUCCUGUACCUCACUGUGAAGACGGCCUUCAGCUUGUACUGACAAAUGUUGGGGAAUGCAGGCCAGAUUACGCUUGCGUCUGUAAAAAAGAUGAAUGCAAGCCAAAGUCUCCGCCUCUCUGCCCACCACACCGGACGCUUACUGUGAAGAAGACCCAGUGCUGUGAUGAAUAUCAGUGCACUUGCAGCUGUGCCAAUUCAACAGCAGCUUGCCCUGCUGGGUAUUCGUCUACGACUGUGUCGAAUGACUGUGGCUGUACAUCUACCACCUGCAUUCCAGACAAGGUUUGUGUUCAUCAAAACAUUGUCUAUCCCAUUGGGAAGACUUGGGAGGAAGGCUGUACAGAGUGUACCUGCACAGACAUGGAAGAUGCUGUGACCGGACUUCGAAUCACAGAAUGUCUUCGGGAAGACUGCAACACGAUCUGUCCACCGGGAUAUCAGUAUGUCCACAAAGAAGGUGCCUGCUGUGGAAAAUGUCUCAAGGCAAUGUGUGAUGAAGCGGCCCUUUGGGCUCGGGGUGAUGAAGAUGUUCGUUGGCAUAAAGUUGGCUCGGAGUGGCAGUCCCCCUCGGACCCAUGUGUCAUCAAAGAGUGCGUCCGCGUGAACGAGGAAGUCUUUGUUCAGGCCAAGAACGUCUCCUGCACACAGAUGGAGCCUUCCAGUUGUCCCUUGGGAACAGAGCUACGCUGUGACAGAAAGACAGGCUGCUGUCCCUCAUGCCACUGUGAUCCUGUGAAUGGCUGUGUUUUCAAUGGCACCAUUAUUGGGCCAGGGAAACGUGUGUUACUGGAUGAGUGCACCAGCUGUACGUGCAGCCUACAAAGGGGACUAUCUUUGAAAUACAAAUUGACAUGUGAAAAAACUACCUGUGAACCUUGCCCCAAGAAUUACAGGAUGGAAACAGUCCCUGGCUCCUGCUGUGGUAAAUGCUUGCCAACAGUGUGUGCUGUACAACUGAGGGAUAGGACCAUGCGCUACCUGAAGCCCAAUGAGAUGAUCCAGGAUGGCUGUGACAGCCAUUCUUGUAAAGUCAAUGAGAAAGGAGAGUUCACCUGGGAAAAGAGAAUCACGGGGUGCCCACCUUUCGAUUCCAAUAAAUGCUUGGCCGAAGGAGGUAAAAUUGCCAAGGUUGACAACACCUGCUGUGAGACAUGUGUGGAACCAGCAUGCAAACAAGUCACUGGCAGGCUGGAAUAUGUUAAAGUGGGGGACUGUAUGACUAUAAACCAGCUGAAUAUCCAUUACUGCGAGGGCAAAUGUGCCAGCAGAGCUGUCUACAACAUUUCAGUGCACCACAUUGAAGACGAGUGCACCUGUUGUUCUGCUACCGCGAUGGAUUCUAUGCAAGUGCCCCUCCACUGUCCCAAUGGCUCCGUAAUACAGCAGGAAGUCUUUAAUGCCAGACGCUGUGAAUGUGUGUCUCGGAAAUGCACACCAUAAAUACUGUUGAUGAACUGAUGCAUAUGCAAGCUCUUUGCCCUCUUCCCAGAAAUUUACAGUCAGAGUCUAAUCUGUGUGUUUUGAUACUGCUGUCCUAGCCAAAGCAUUCAUUGUAACAUACUAAGCAAUAAACCUCAAAUUCAGCCUCAUA